AACAGAUCAGUGCCAACAUGGCGGAGCGGCAGUACGCCGAGGCGCUGGCGGCGACCGAACAGGCGCAGAGCUUCGAACGGGCGGGUCAGGCGGCGAAGGCCGUCCCGUUCUUCCUGCAGGCGCUGCGCAUCCUCAAGCGGCUCGCGGUGAUCGAGUCGGCGGCGCAGCGUGCGCGGUUGCAACCCACAAUCGCCGAGCUGACGACGCGUGUGUCGGAGCUGCAGAAGUCGAGCGACUACCUGCUUGCUCACGCCAUGGAACAGCACGCAGCGGCCAGAGAGGCCGAGAAAUCAGAUUCUACCAAGACUGAUAUCGUCAUAGACAGGUACAUCGCCGCCGCGGAGACCUACAUGCAGGCGCUGAACGCCCUACCGACGAGCGAAGUGGCGGCCAGAGCGGCGAUUAAAGAGCAGCUCGAGUACGUCAUCGAUUAUGUAUCUCAGCUCAAGGCUCAGACCCAGACGACUCGGCAUCAGAUCCAGCAACAGGUUGAAGACAACAGCAACGACGUGGACGUCGCGGCGCUGCAGUGGCCAGAGCCGCCAAUGCUACAGCACAAAACUGCACACGUCACGCCUGCGUACGCGUCGGCUGCGAUGCCUGCAGCGAAACCAGCACCAGAAGUCGAGCAGACGAAGGAGGAGAAACCGGGGGCGGCGUAUACACCACAGGAGCUGGACGUGCUACGUAGAUCGUCGCAGAUCAACGGCCAUCUGUUCGUGCCGUGGCUGGAUGAUCUAGAUGCGCAGGAGAAGUUUAGUUUGCCGGAGCCUUUUGAAGAUCCAGACGGACACGUGCCAUUGUCGGCCAAGCAGAAGAAGAAGGAGGCGACGUGGAUGAGACCGAGCGACUAUGCGGCAAUAUGCGGCCAUGCACCUGUGAUGAUCGCACAGGGAGGAGUUAACCCAUUGGUGGUGAAGCAGGAUAUCGUCACGGACUGUUCGUUUGUCGCGUCGCUAUGUAUUGCAGCAGCCUAUGAGCAGAGAUUCCAGAAGCAUCUCAUCACGAACAUUAUUUUCCCUGCCGAUCCAAGGACGAAGCAGCCGGUGUAUAAUCCUUUCGGGAAGUACGUGGUCAAGUUGUGGGCAAACGGUGUGCCUCGCAAAGUCGUUAUUGACGACUUGUUGCCGGUUAAUGCUUCUUCCGGACAGCUUCUGUCAAGCUGCACCACUCGCAAGAACGAACUUUGGGUGAGUCUCAUCGAAAAGGCUUAUUUGAAGCUGAACGGAGGCUACGAUUUCCCUGGAGGGAAUUCAGGGAUUGAUCUGUUUGCUCUUACGGGGUGGAUUCCGGAACGUGUUCCUGUUUCUGAACUUAUUGACGCACCAAACAAGGAAGAACGACUGUGGGAACAGCUUAAAAGCGCGUUCCACUAUGGAGAUUGCAUCAUCACAAUGUCCACUGGAGAUAUCACGAAGCAGGAGGCCAAAGCGAUCGGACUCGUUCCCAUGCACGUCUACGCUGUGCUCAAUGUUUACGAGCUUAGCAAUACUUCAGACUCGUCUCAAGAAGGCAAGAAGGUACGGUUACUGCAGGUGAAAAAUCCAUGGCGAAAGAUGAGCUGGAAGGGGCCAUACUCUCGUCACGACAAGACCCGAUGGGAUAGCGCUAUUGGUGACGAGCUACGUGCAUACCAGCGCCAGUUCUACGCAUCCGAAGCGACUGAGUCAGAGGAAGCAAGUGGCCAGAAGGACGAUGGCUUGUUCUGGAUUGACUUUGAGUCGGUGAAGCAGUACUUCGAGAGUUUGUAUAUGAACUGGAACCCUGAACUCUUCCCGUACAAGGGAGUUUUCCACGAGCACUGGCCUGUUGAGCUAGGACCCGUGAACGAUUCCCUCACUCUUGGAUUUAACCCGCAGUACUCCCUCACAUUCUGCAAAACCGCACCAUCGCAAGAAGGAGCUACCGCCGCUGCUGGAUCAUGUACCGUGUGGGUUCUGCUGUCACGGCAUGUAAGCCUCAUCGAACGCGACACGGACUACUCGAAUCAGCAGUUUUUAACACUACAUGUUUAUCGCGGCACACCUGGAAAGCGUGUGUUCUAUAACCACCGCGCUGUAUCACGAGGAAUGUACAGCAACAACCCACACACACUCGUGAGCCUGGAUCUGGAUUUAGCAGAUGACUCCGAGCGAUGUUUCACGCUUGUGGCGUCGCAGUACGAGAAAUUUGCAGCUCUCGACUACACACUAUCAGUUUUUUCGACCCGCCCGUUUACGUGUGAGCCAAACCCGCAGUUUGUGACAAGAGCGCCGACAUCUAUAGUGAUUCCGGGUGCCUGGGACUCGGCUUGUGCUGGUGGGCGCCCAUUUUACUCAACGUUCAUGAACAACCCACAGUUUCACUUGCAGCUGCAGAAGCCAUGCCGAUCGCUCUUCCUGUUUCUCGAGACCGAAGCCUUCUUCUCCCAAGAUACGACCACCGCGAGUUUUCCGAUCAAUCUGCGUGCAGCAUUGCACACACGUGAGCGAGUUUGUGGAUUGCAUGCUGCAGGAAAUGACGAGGAACAACUGAAGGUGCUCAGUUCUGGUGAGUACCGUCCAGGAUUUUGCUUCAUUGAGGUAGACUCAGCUGUUUUGGCGUCCGGUUUACACGACGUUGUGCUGAUCCCGUCCACCUUUGAGCAAGGCGUUCUGGGUAAGUUCACUCUGCGCGUUGUAAGUGAUCCACCUGCAGGAGCCAGUAUUGCUUACCGCCAGAUCCCUGCUGAAGGCCACGGCAUGGAGCUGACAAGGCUUCGAGGCAAGUGGGAUAUGCAGACCGGGUCAGCUGCAGGGUGUUCCAAUUACGGCUGCUACACGUUCAAUCCCAAAUAUUUGGUGCAUGUCACGCAGGAAUGCGAUAUCCUAGCUCGCUUGGUAGUCCUUGAUCCGGAGGUAGAUGCAGCAGCCGGGGAGUCUCCAACCGAAGAAGAGUCCUUGCCUCCUCCGUCUAUAAACGUGUCCGUAUUCGAGAGUACGUCGGAAGGAGAUCUACUACUUUCAACAAAUCCCAAACAAGCGUUUGCAGGCGCCACGUCGGCGGGAGGUGUGUAUGUGAGCGGUGCGCCCAGUGGUGCCCUGGCAAAAGCUUCACGAAGGUUUCCUCCUGGUUGGUACAUUGUACUUCCAUCCACUUUUGAGCCCCAGGACUGGAGCUUCGAACUUCGCCUUUAUGCAUCUGCUCAUGUUGACGCUCGUUUGCUUUAAAUUCGAGGCAAGAUCCAGCGAGACGACGAUGACAUUAAGUUUACUUCGCCAUCAAUACUUGUGCGAUGGGACACAUACUGCAACUUGGGACGUGCGGUUGCAACAGGGUUCAACUUGGUUCACUUGGAACAUAGCGCUGCUGUAUAAACAUGAUGACCGGAAGGCGAGUGCUGUAUGCGUAAUUGGCUUGCGCUCACGAUUCAAGUCUCUGUACCGCGCCUCAAGUUGUACUACCAAAGGUUUUCAGUAUUGUUCUUGGAGCCGUUCUGUGGCUGACUAAACGGCGGACGACUUGUAUCAAAAACGCGCGAGAUGUGGUAUCUGCGACAGCGCGAGGACCUGCCUGCGGGCCAAUAUUGUUUG